AAUUUUGAAACUCACCACAAAAUGGUCGGUAUAACGGCUUCUCCGAUUCAAUCGUUUGGAGUUACCAUGACCGUAGAUUAGCCUCUCUUGAGAAAUUAUAAAAUCAAAUCAUAAACCUCCUCCUUUUGGCCUUCCAUUCCAAUUCUCUUUGCAUCUCUACCAGCAGUUUUGAGAUAUGUCGGCUCAAUAUUCCUGAGGCUGGAAUCACGUCUUUCUUGCAUAUGGUAUCACCAUGCUGCUGGCAUUGCUAACUAACAGAGUCUCAUUGCUUGUAUAAUUAUAUGAAAUUUGGACUCUGGUGGCAGGUCUCCUCAUCUUCUGGUAUCUUGAAAGAUAGAUACUGUUCAUAGAAUUUCUUGAAAAUUGGACUCUAAAGGAAAGCAAACACUUAGAUUUUGAAUCAAAUGUGAGUCAUUUGAUAUAGGCAUCAACGAAUUGAACCUGCGCUGAUGGAAAUGCAGAAUGGGGAGAGCAAAAUUAAAACUGCAUAAGUUGGAUGGUAGCAACCGCAUAGGAGUAUACUCAAGGCGGAAGAAGGGACUCUUGAAGAAAGCUAAUGAGCUGUCAGUAUUGUGUGACAUUGACAUCUUUCUUGCCAUGUUUUCACCAGGUGGAAAGCCUAGUGUAUACAAGUCAGAUAACAGUAGCUUUGAGGACGUGAUUACCAAGUUUGCCGAAGUAAAUCCAGAAGAAAGAGCAAAAAGGAAGAUGGAGUGCCUUGAUACAAUAAAGAAAGCUUGCAAGAAGUCUGAUCACGAUGUAGACAUAGGACAGCAGCUUUGUCCUGGGGAUUUGACAACGGAGGAUAUCAAUUUUCUCACACAUUCAUUAAGAAUUCGACUUUCAGAUAUUGAGGGUAGAGUCAGGCUAUGGAAGAAUCUUGAAAAGAUUGACAGCAUUCAACAACUUAGGAAAAUGGAGGACUCAAUAUCAAAAUCUCUUAACGAAAUCGCGAAACAUAAGUGUGGGAUGGCUUCAUUAAUUUUUGGUGCUGGGAAAGAUUUUCAGCCUUCUUCAGUCCGACAUGGGAUUGAUUCACCUUUGAACUCUGAUGCUAGGAAAGAGCUCCAUCCAUGUUCAUCAGUCCAUGCUUGUGAUAGUGAAAAUAUUGAUGUAUAUGAAGACAUGAAUUCAUUCGAUUCAUUUUUACUUUGUGAUACUGGGCAAGAUUUCCAGGCUUCUUCACUGAUGCAGCAUGGGAUGAAUUUGGGACAAGAGCUCUAUCAAUGUUCAUCAGUCCACGGUGAAAAUAUGGAUGUAUAUGAGGACUUAAAUUCAUUUCCACUAGAGUAUUUGGAGGAACAAUCUUUUUCUUUUGAGAGCUACACAAAUCUUGUUUGCAACAAAGAAAUUGAAGUCUCUAUGCCAGAAUCCGUAAAUUUUGUACCUGGGGAAAUAUUUCUGGAUUGUGAAGUAAAUCAGGAAGAUAUUGUAACAGAAUUUGGGUUUACCUUUGAUGUGCCACAACUAGAACAGAUGGAUGACAAGGGAAAUGCUUUUGACUGUAGCAUCAACAAAGGUUCCAGACUUCCUCAUUCUGAUCUUGUUAACAUCCACGAUAGUUCAAAAUCAGCAUCUGGUACUUGUGAAAAUAUGAUAUUAGCCGACUCUCUACACUUUCUGUAUGGGAUGGAUUCAUCAAGUUCCGAUGCUGGAGAAGAGUUUUCAACUUCUUCCUCAAUCAAGCAUGGGAUAAAUUUAUCUUCAACCCAACUCGAUGCAGGCUUAUCUGUCAAUGGUGGUGAUAGUGAAAAUAUGGACGAUUACGAGGAUCUUAUUGCGUUUGUUUCAUGUUUAAAAUUUGAUGAUGAGCACGGAUUUCAGUCUUCACCAUCAAUUGGCCAGUAUAGUAUGAAUUCACCUGUAAGUUUUGAUGCUGGGCAAGAGCUGCAUCGAUCUUCAUCAGUCAACGGAGGUGAUAGUGAAAGUAUUAAUGGAUACGGGGACCUAAAUUUGUUUGUACAAGGGUUUUUGGAUGAUCCAUCUUUAAUGAUCGAGAGCUGUACGGAUCUUGCUUGCAACCAUGAAGUAGAAAAUUAUAAGCCAGGAUAUGAAAAUUGCUCAGCGGAUAAAAUGUUUCUGGAUUGUCAAUUAAAUCAGGAAAAUAUUGAAAUGGCAUUCAAAUCUAAUCUUGAUUUGCCACUGGUAGAGCAAAUGGAUGUCCAGGAAAGCAGUUUUGACUGUCUCAACAAAGGUUUUGGAUUUCCACUAUUAACAUCCAUCCUAGUGUAACUUGUGACAAUAUGACUAUCUCAACUUUCCUGUGUACUAUUUUGGAUCGACAUUGACACAUAUGAAAAGAAAAAAAUGUGAAUAUAUAUACAUACAUACACGUGAUAAUCUAAACACAUUAGAUAGCUCGUGAAUCACAAAACGAGAACUUGCUUAUUCGCAUAACGGAAGCGGAAGGAAUGGAUGAACUGCAGCUGGAAUUACCGAUCAGCGAUGGUUGUCACGGUGUAUUGGAUCCCUACACCACAGUCUAAAGCCUACUUCGAUUUUAGGAGAAGACUAAGCGUAAAAAAGUACUGCAUAUUUUGUCUACUUUGAAGUCCAUCGUAUGUGUACUUACUGUGAUUUGCCCUAGUGGGCUUUAUGAGCACCCCUUAUGGGUGAACUUUAUUUACUAUAUCUCCCACUCACACAUAAUGAGAGUGCUCAUCUAAAUUGAGAAACAAAUUCUCAUCU